AUGGACUCUGAUUAUAAGAAUUGGAAUGUUCUUAACUGCCUUAACCACUUGAAGAAUCAUAUACAAUUUACUUCUGAUAGUAAACAAGAGAUCUUAGACGCGUUGAAAAGAGCCUUUAAGAAAGUUAAUGAGUCUAGUAUUGUAAGUAAUUCUAGGAUGAAGAACAAAGCGAAAAAAUUAUACGAUAAUGCCUGUGAAACUUUUAAAAGAAGAGAGAUCACUGAAUUUUUUGAAAAAUUGGAUCAAGAGUUUGAUGCGAGGCAAAACGAAUGGGAACUCGAGAGGUCUUUCGAUAGGAAUGGAUGUGAACUUUUAAAGAAGUCUAGCGAUUUCAAUACACUUAAACUUUCAUCGCGUUAUGCAGAAAAGUCAACAGAAUUGAUUGAAAAAGAACGGAAAUCUGACGAAGAUAUUUUCCAACCCACUGUAUCUGAUACCAAUUUACAUCCCAUUCAAUCUACUACUGAGUAUGCCGAUUUUUUUAAAGACGAAGCAGAAAAGGAAGAAGUCAUCGAAAACGAGAAAGCCCUAAUCUCCAAGCGACCCUAUGAAAAUGAAGAGGCAGUUGCCUCUAAGAAGAAUAAAAAUGCAACAUCCCAAUAUGUCCGUGAUGUCUCUAGUUCUCAUGAUGAUAAUAACUUCUUUCAUUUAUCUCCAGAGGAGACGCAAGCACACUUCUCAAAGAUCCAUGAACAAAAAGCCAACUAUAAUAUCCAGUAUGUUUCUGUAAAUACAAUGGCUUUUCCGGCCUUGAAAGAAUAUUGUAAUAUAUUAGAGCGAUUGGAGGACCAUUGUGUUGAAGAAGAGUCUCAACGUGGCAGACACCUCUUCAAAUUACUUUCUUGGUCAGUUGUGGACAGUAAAUUGUUCCCGACACAGGAUCCUAUAUGUUAUCCAGACCUAUGGAGACCGGCUGUAAAUUUUGGUAUUGUAAUUGCGGGUUUAGAGGAUACCCGACAUCAAAAACUGCAAGAUGCUAUCCCAGCAUUAAAUAGAAUCAUAAAAGAAGGUAAAAUGGGAAUGGUGCAGUCAGGUAUUGUAGGCACGAUACAACGUUGGUUGGGUUUAGAGCCUGCUGAUUUUGUUAUUGAUGCACCAACAGCUUUGUCUGCAUUGACAUCAAUCCUACUAUUCACACCUUUACCAGUUCGCCCUGGUGCUGAUCCAUCUGAAAAUCAUUUUAAAUCCCAGCUAUGGACAAAAAUAUUGUCGGAUGCAUUUUCUCUUAAUAUUGUUCCUUUUGAACCUACAUGGGAACUCCAUCAUCAAAUUCCUGGUGAUAGCGGAAAGGGAUCGGCCAGGUCAGAUUUUGCAUGUGUUGCUACUUCCCUUACCACAAAGGAGCAGUACCCUUUUUUUAUCUUGGAGUUUGAAGUUGGUGGUAUGCAGGUCCAUAAAGAUUAUGCUGUUGUUGUUGCUGAAGCAUCCCAUGCCCUAAACCGCAUACUUUCGACUCAUACGUAUUCAGAAUCGGAAAUAUCCUUGAUCCGAGUGCAUGUUGCUUUAGUAAAUAAUGCUCAUAUACGUUUUGGAAUGUUAAGACCUCUCUACAGCCAAGAAUACGAUACCAUCUUAUAUCUUUAUGAUCAAGACAUCAAGAGCUUUGACUUGCAAUCAGAUUGCAUUGGAAUUAAUAUCGAAAACACGUUCAAUUUAAUAGUUUAUCUGAGGCAGGUUGUUUGCAAGGAUGGCCUUUAUUUGAGAAAUCUUCUUGACAAAGGGAUUUCCGGAAAGAAACGAAAACUUUGCUCUGAAUUUCCAAGACUUCCAUCGGAGGCAGAGAAAUCAAGAUUACCGAAGGUUAACUUCACUCCAAAAACCAAAAGAGUUAGAUAUAAGGCGUAUAGUACUUUGGAUGAAGGAGAUGAUUCACGUGAUUCUUCAGCAUAUUAUGGCGGUGAUCUUUUAAAUUUACUUAAAGAAAGCAACAUAAAUCAACAAGUGAUCGGUAAAAUUGAUUCGUCAAUAACUGAUUCUUCGCUAAUGAAGAUUAGUAAUUUAUUGAAUUAA